AUUCCUUUGAGCAGCUUCGGCUGAAAGCGCGAGGGCAAGUCAUGGCUCUGCGUGGAAAUGAUUGGCUGCCCAGGCAUUUGAUGGAGGCGUUCGGGUCCAAACAGGAAGUGCGCGAUGGUCCGUCACUGAUUGGAGAAUGUCGAGGGUGUCGCGAUGUUUUCCAUCUCGCCAUUGGGUUUCCUUUGCGCCGCUCAACGCAGCAGCAACAACAGCAGCAGCACACCGCUUGGCAUAGAAACGAACCGCUGUCCACGGCAGACAAGAUGAGGCGGCCAGACGUCUGCGAGGGAAGGUGGCGCUUGGAAUUUUUACCAUGACGAAGAGCCACCUGGACCUGUCUGCCUGUUUUUCUUUUGCCUUGUGUGUGUUCCUUUUGGUUUGUUUGUUUUGGCCUCCUGUCCGCCUGUCUCUCUGCUGUUGCCGCCACCUAGAUGGAGGACAGAUUAAAAAAAAAAAAAAAAAGACGACGAUACUCCUUGGCUAUUAUCAUCUCGUCAAAAUGAAGAACAAUCCUGCACUUUUUCCUGUCCGUCCAGCACGAAACAGGCAGCCUCAUCACAAACGCGUUUAUUUAAUGAGCUUUUUUUUUUAGCCUCCUUGUGGAGUCACGGUGUUGAUUUUGCGUUUUUUUUUUUUUCUAAUUUACUCAUUUGAUCAGUAUUCUCAGUGGAACUUGAUGCGUCUUUAAUUAUUUUAAAAUGUCUAUCUUAUUGAUGUUGUAGCUGCUAAGUCGCCUGAAGUUGUGAUGUGUUGUUUUCGUUUUACCUCGUGGAUCUGACCUGUUUGAAAUGUGUUCAACAAUGACCUGACCGAGACUGAACUGUGUAGAUCCUUAUCUCAGCGACACACUGGAAGCUUCCAUUUUGUCACGAUGACUCGGAAACUGUUGGCUUUCUACUCCAAUGCAGACACCGAGAAGGACACAUGGGAAGGAAAUGUUUUUUCUUGUCAACGCAAGAACUGAAAGAUCUUCUUUUUUUUGAAUCAUUUGAAGUUGGCCUUGCGGCUUUUUAAACAUUUAAAUUUGUAAACAUUUUUUUUAUUUGGCCUUGUUCAAACUGGUCCACCUCCGGCAAGCGAGGAUGCGCUCCCCAGAACCGUCCUCCUUCCCCCCAUCGGAAGCCCUCCUUCACGGCCAGUUUGCCGGCUGGGCCUCCGGCGGCAACAACCACUCCAGCAACAGCAGCAGUAGCAACAACAACGGCUGCCCCGACAGCCCCGGCGGCCCGGGCGGGCUCUCCCCGGCCGCCUCGCCCACACUGGCUCCGGCCUCCAACUACGCCCUGACCCUCACGCACGCGCACGUCCACGUCCAGCGCCUGUCGCCGCGUCCGGGCAAGGAGGCCCGUCUGCUGCUGCCCAUGUCGGAGCUGGUGGGCUGCAGCUGCCCCCGUGCCCCCGCGCCCCCUCUCCUGGUGCUCUACUGGUACCCGCCGGGCAAACGACGUAAAGGGGUGUCGCGCCGCCGCCAGGUGAGGGCCUACCUGGCCGAGAGCAGAACCGAGGCAGAGCGAUGGUCGGCCGCCGUGCAGUGUUUACUCCGGGGGGUGCCGGUCACGUCUGAAACGGAAUUUUCCAGAAGCUUGCUACCUCGUCCCAGGCGACUACUGCUGCUGGUCAAUCCCUUCAGCGGGCGAGGACAGGCCAUGCAGUGGUGUCAGACGCACAUCCUGCCGAUGAUCAGAGAGGCCAACAUCAGCUACAACCUGAUCCAGACAGAGCGGCAGAACCACGCCAGAGAGCUGAUCAGGGACAUCUCGCUCCCGGACUGGGACGGCGUCGUCAUCAUUUCCGGAGAUGGCCUCCUGCACGAGGUUAUAAAUGGCCUCAUGGAGCGUCCAGAUUGGGAGCAAGCGAUCAAAACGCCUGUUGGCAUUCUGCCUUGCGGCUCUGGCAACGCGCUGGCUGGGUCCAUCAACCACCAUGCAGGGUUUGACAUGUGCCUUCGGGAGCCUCUGCUUUUGAACUGCUGCUUCCUGCUUUGUCGUGGCGGCGUGCGGCCCAUGGACCUGGUCUCCGUGACGACCAGCCCGCCCAUCUCCAACAACAGUCGGGCUGCUCCUGCCGUGCCCAGGAGGCUCUUUUCGUUCCUGUCCGUCGCCUGGGGAUUUGUGUCCGAUGUGGAUAUCGAAAGUGAGAGGUAUCGGGGCCUGGGCUCGGCACGUUUCACCCUGGGCACGCUGGUGCGCAUCGCUUCCCUCCGCUCCUACAAAGGUCGUCUGUCCUACCUCCCGCCCUCCGCCGUGGCCUCGUCACCCGACGCCACGCCUCCGCCGCCGAGGAGGCCCCUCUCCCGAAGCAUCACCGAGGGCCUGGAGGGCUUCUGCAAACCCCCCAUCCAUCGCACCUCCUCCGACAUGGGCAUCAGCGAACAGCGGAGCCUGCGGCGCGGCGAGGGCGAGCGGGAGAAGGAGGAGCGGCAGCGGGAAAGAGAAAGGAGACGACUGCGAGCCCGGGGCGGCGGGACCGGCGUGGUGAGGGCCAGCAGCCUGAUGGAGGACAGGGAGAAGGAGAAUGAGGGGGAGGUUGAGAUGGAGGAGGCCAGGCUGAAGGGCGAACGGGGUGACUGCGCCGUGGGAGGGGACGGCGGACUGGGACAGAUUCAAGAUGAAUGCCACGACGAGGGACGAACCGAGGAGGACUCAAGUGAGACGGAAGAGGAGCGGCAUCAGGUCGGCGACGGGCCGGACGGCGGAAAGGGCGAGGGGGUGGUGCGCGGCCAAGAGCUUGAUGAGGGCUUGGAGGCGGAUGGAGGCUGUUUGGCCUAUCAAGAUGGACUCCGGGAAGUCAGACAGGCCGUCAGGAAGAACUCCGCUCCUUCCAGCCAGAUUGCCAACGCUCUGUUCGCUCAAGCCGACUGCAAUUGCAGCCCCUCCUAUGGCGUGGAGGACGUGGACCUGGAUGGAAGCUACUACCAGAGAGAGGUGUACCCUCUGGAUGUCACCCGCGAACGAGCCCUCACCAUCUCCUCCCCCUUUCGGCGCCCCCCGUUCGCCUACAAAGCCAGAGCCGCGGACCAGAACCAGAACUCCUCGCGGCCGAGGCCCCUCUCUCUCCUGCAGCACUCGCACUCCAACUCGCUGCCUCCGAAACUUCCCUCCCUGUCCCUCUCUCUGUCCCCCACGCCUCCGUCCUCGCCUUCGUGCGCCUCCCCGCACUCCUCGUCCUACCUGGCCCCGCGCCCCAACACGCCCGGUUCCGCCUCGCCCUCGCCCUCCAUACGCACGUCCUCCUCCUCCUCCUCGUUCAGCUUUGACAUCGUCGAGCCAGCGGGAGCCCUGAAGAACCGUCCUUACGUCACGCUGCCUUUAAAUGUCCCCAGAGAUGACUUGUUGCCCCCGCUGGACCAACCGCUUCCCACGCGAGACUGGGUCACCAUCGAGGGGGACUUUGUCCUGGUUUUGGCCCUUUACCAGAGCCACCUGGGAGCCGACCUGCACGCCGCGCCGCAGGCCAAGUUCGACGACGGACUCAUCCACCUGACCUUUGUGCGGGCGGGCAUAUCCAGAGCCACGUUACUCCGACUGUUCUUUGCCAUGGAGAGAGGAACGCACCACUCUGUCAGCUCGCCCUACGUCAGCCACAUUUCCUGCCGCGCCUUCCGGCUGCAGCCUCUGUCUGCGCGCGGGACCCUCACCGUGGAUGGAGAGCUCGUGCCGUACGGGCCCCUGCAAGCGCAGGUUCAUCCCUCCAUGGCGCGCCUCAUUGUUGGUGACUCGGGAGUGCAGGUCACCAGGUUCUAAAUCAGGAAUUGUUUGAAACACUCACUUCUGAAUGAUGUCCCUUCUGUUGCUGCGCAUGCUCCGAGAGACUGAAAUAACCUAGGUUGCACAAACAGGUUGACGAAAAAAAGGGAUAACUUUGCCGAGCCAUCCAUCGAUAGAGCAGGAAUGCAGGGAUUAAUUGUGACAAUUUUUUUUUUUUUUUUUUUUUUUUUUAUGGAGAAAUGCAAACUGCACCGCAUUGCACAGCUGCGGGGUUACGCCAAGCGAGCCCGCGGACGCAUGAAAACUGCACAGCCUGGAAUAACGAGGGAAGAACAAUCGAAUGUUAGCUGAUUUUUGUUUGCGUUAAUUUUUUUUUCCCCCACAGACAGUGCAUGAUUUGGGGCGAUGUGUACGUGAUGGUAUGCAUGCUCAAAAGCACUACCGAUAUUUUUGCCUUACAGGGGGGAACAACAUUCAAUUGACUUUGCCGACGAGGCUCGACAGCAGCACCAUGUCGGAGCUUCGGUGGUUAACAAAGUUCAUUUCACUUACUUUACCUUCAACAGUAUUUGAUGUCGACAUUAGGUUGCACUCAAUAAUCCUCUGGAGUGCAAUGAACGUUCUUUUCGUGCAGCACAUGAAAGCCUCUUUCACACGGAGCCGUAACGGAAGGCAAUUUAUCCACCUCUUAGACAGAACUCGGCAAUGCUACGAGUGCGUCCAUUAAAGAUACUUGGGGCUGUACCGACUAGUCGACCACUGCUCCUAACAGUCAAGCCACGUGAUCCAAGUGUAAGGAAAGCAGGCAAUUACUCUGCCGCAUGCAAAGCGGUCCGCCAUUAUUUGCCAACAGCGCCAAUUCAUGGAGACCCCACUGUUGGCCUGGAACGAGGAAGUUGUGCCAUCGUUGCCUGGCUGUCCCGGCAGCGAGCGCACCGAAUGAGGGGACGCUGGCGCUAACGUUCAUACUCUUUUAUGUCCAAAAUUGUAAGUGUGAAUAUAAGCGGAGUACUAGUCGUCACUUUUUUUUUUUUUAAUUACAGUACUGUACUGAAAAAAUACCCUUGAUGUCAUCAGCCACUAGUCAACAUUGACUGGACGUGAAUCAACGCAUUAGCAUUACCUUUAAAAAAAAUAUAUGUAAAUUCCCAUUAGAUAAACUGAGUCUUACUGUAGGAAAUAAAGAAAAACAGUCGCGCAAGUUGCCGCGUUUUGGGGAUUGCAGGAUUUUGCCGUGACUAUUUUUCUACACUGACUGUUUCUGCAGAGCAAUACGCGCUAGCCAGAAGGAAAGAGUUGUAAAAGACGUCAUGUCCAAAGUCUCGGAUCAAUUUCACACUUGGACAAAAGACGAAGUGCGACUAAAGUGACACAACCGCCUGUCUGCGGUCAAAGAAACAUCGUUCGCUAAUUUCACAUAGCCUCCCGCCGCCGGUGAGAACAAAUUGUAACCCUCCCACCGUGUUGAAGGAUGGACACAGCUGCCCGUGCACUUUGAAUGGCUUUAUUGAACAAGGGUAAAAGAAUCAACACGGGGGCGUCAUCGCACCUGGCCUGCCACUCGUCACAAACCGCCGUCAAGCCACUCAACACGGAGUGGCUAACAGUUUAGCCAACAAACAGCCAGCCAAACUCUCAUUCGUGAAUUCCAUUGUCCCUCAAUGGGUCAGGCCUUGACUUGUCAAAAUCACACAUUGACAGACACCGAACCAACAGUUUUGUGUUUGAAAAUGACCGGAGGUUUAUGACCCCUUGACGAUCGAUGUCAUUUGUUAGCCUCUCUGCUUGGUUUAGUAUUGUGUGCUAGCAGACGUUCAAAGUGAUGUUUCUUCAAAAUGCGCAUCUAACGAAUCCCCUUUGGCAGUCAACGGAUCAAAAGCCUCUUUUUCAUAGAAUCGUUCCCCAUCUGUCAAAUUGACGCUGGUGGUGAAGUCAAUUGAGUUUGCUGCUUCAGUUUCUCGAAUUUUCGCUCACGAGUGAAACACAAAAAAUGUGCCAUGCGACAGCUCCAAUCUCUAAAAACUCAUCACUUGUGUUCCUCGUAAGGAGGAAACUGGACCCCUCCUUCCCGUAUUGUUUAUUAUACAGAAGCGCAACAUUAAAAGGGAAGGUCGGGUGAUGGUGCAUUUUAGAGGCCGUGUGAAAGGGGCUAAAAUCACAACACUAGAAUGCACACUUGACAUUUUAAAGGUGCGGCGUACUUUGCAAGAAAGAAAGCACUAGAACAAGUACCUUAAGAACAGAUGCUACAAAAAAAAAUCUUUUGUCAAUUCGUUUUGAAUUAUCAUUUUUAGCUGGGAAAGUUGAAUGUACAAACAUACUAAAAACAAAAGCAACACUUUUGCGUGUGGGGUGGGGUUGGGGUCACCAUGACGGGAAGUGAAUUUGACUGAGCAUUGACAACUGAAAUCCAGUUCAUGUGUCAAGCUUUGCCUUAAAUGACCUCACAGAUAUUUUCAGAUGAAAUCAAACAACAGGGAGUGACAAUUGAUGACCUGCUUGGUGUCGAUGGAAUUAUGAGACCUGCUGAUGAACUGGUCAAACUAAUAACGCGUGCACUGGAUCAAACAGUCAAGAUAGUGUGUGAACUGUUUGGGUCCCUGUCAGCACAGCGCAUGUCCUGGUCAUGCCUGGAGAUAUCAAUGCCUUUUGUUUUAUAAUCCAGUUGAAAAUCUUUGACGGGCAAAAAGUGGACGACACCUUUUCACUGCUCACCAGGCUGCUAUUUUGCUUGUUGGAUUCUGUUUUGUUUUUUUUUAAUUUGUGCACAGUACAGCUAGAGUCUACCACAAUGAAGUAGGGUUGUAACAACACCACAUAUAAGAAUAUCACAAUUUACACUUUUGGCCCGUAUGAACCAUAUCAAGAGACUUUUUUAAGAUUGACCAUCUUUGGAUGUUGGAAUGGAACAAAUGUAUUGGACUUUCAAUGUCCAGGCCUCUUGUUAAUGCCAUGCACUCAUAUACAGUGACUCUGCUUGUAAGAAAUUUGCAUUUAUUACUAAAAUGAAGAACAGCAUAUACGCUUACACUGUACAGUUCAUAGUUGUGUAUGUUUUCAAUAAAUGCAACUGAAAAACUG